AUCCAUCUCUACCAGUGGGAGACAAGCUGGUGUGCUGCCUGUUUUUCCCUCCUAAACUGCUGAUAGGUCAUCUUUGGCAGUCUUGCGCCGCAGCCCCAGGAGAAAUUCUGCCUUAUUCUGUUUUGUGAGUUGCUGCAGGAGGAAAACACGCCGGAGCUGGAAAAAGUGACCAGAGUCACUCAGACGCUUCCCACAAAUAUGCAUCUCCUGCCAGGACUCCGGCACAGCUGCCGGCUCUCCUACAAACCCUGAAAGACAUAGAGGCGGAUGAAGAUGGUAGAAACUUUACUGUUUCGGUAAAUGUUACCAUUGUCUGGACAGUAUUUGUUAUUCUUUUGUUGGAUCUGAGUCGCUUUGGUGUCUGGUCAUCAUGAUGAAGCGCACUAAACCAGUCAUAGAUGAGAUUAUGCAACAGGAGAUAAGGCCUCUGCUAGCUGUGGACAUCAUUGAACAGCUCCACAGGCAGUUUGCCAUGCUGUCAGGUGGACGAGGGAAGGACGGAGCGCCGAUCAUUACUUUCCCUGAAUUUUCUGCCUUUAAUGAUCUUUCUGAUGAAGACUUCAUUAAUGUAGUCACAUAUCUGACCAGCAUACCGAGUCUGGACGCAGCAAGCAUUGGCUUCAUCAUCAUCAUAGACCGCCGGAGGGACAAAUGGGCUUCGGUGAAAGCCUCGCUGGCACGGAUAGCGGGGGCAUUUCCAGGCAACCUGCAGCUAGUCCUAGUCCUGAGACCCUCACGGUUCCUGCAGAGGACCAUCGCUGACAUUGGCAUCCGGUUACACCGUGAUGACUUUAAAAUGAAGGUACCGAUAGUCAUGUUAAAUUCCCUGUCGGACCUACACGGAUAUGUGGACAAAGGCCAGCUGACCUGUGAGUUAGGUGGAAGCCUGCAUUACUGCCACAGUCAGUGGAUCCACCAUCGCACAGCCAUCGAAAACUUCGCUGUGACGGUGAAAACCACAGCCCAGAUGCUUCAGAGAUUUGGAACAGACUUGGCAGAAACUGAGCUUCCGAAUGACGUGCAAUGUACCAAAGAUCUCCUGACAGCUCACACAGACAAACACAACAAGCUUCAGGAUGAACUGAAGUUGGCCAUGAAACAAGGAACCACACUGCUGUCGUGUAUCAAAGAUCAGGCUAGUAAAAAUGAAAACCACAAGCUAAAUCCUGAUGAAAUGGAGAAUCUCACCACAGUGGAAAGGUUGUUAGCUCAGCUGGAUGAGACUGAAAAUGCAUUCGAACAGUUCUGGUCUAAACAUCACUUGAAGUUAGAGCAGUGUUUGCAGUUACGACAUUUUGAGCAAGACUUUAGAGAGGUGAAACUGUCUCUGGACAGCUUGAUGGAGACUUUGCUGACACUUUCAGACACAGGAGACGGGGCUGGUCGCAUUGAGCAGCUGCUAACUGAACUGAGUAGCCUGCAGGACAGAGCUCAGGAAUCUUUGGAGAAGGCACAGCUACAUGCUCUGCAUGGUGAUCAGUUAAUCCAGAGCAACCACUAUGCGGUGGACUCCAUCCGGCCCAAGUGCGUGGAGCUGCGGCGCAUUUGUGACGACUUCAGCAACGAAGCCAAAAAAAAAUAUGACGUCCUGUCCAAAUCACUGGAGAUCCAUACAUGGAUAGAAAAGGUGAAACACUGGUGUGAGAAUGGCGUGUACCUGCUGGCCUCUCAGGCUGUAGAUAAGUGCCAGUCUCAGGAGGGGGCAGAAGCGGCCCUGCGGGACAUUGAGAGGUACAUGGAGACGGCUAAGGAGCAGCAGCUCGGCCAGUUGAAAGACCUCUACAACCAACAUGAGAUGUCUCUCUCAGACCUCAUGAAGAUCAAUGUACAGAAUGCACUGAAAAGGCUGGAAGAAGUUCAGGAGAUGUAUGAAAAGAGACACAUCAGUCUAAAGAAGCUGUCUGCCAAGCAAACCAGACCUGUGCAGCCUGUAGCGCCUCGUCCUGAAUCAUCACCUAAGCGCCCUUCACCUAAAAGCACUCGACCACCGGGUUCUGCCCCAAACCGUAGAGGUCCAGAGAAUAGUUCCACCAAGCAGAACUCUGAAACUGAGCUAGCAAGGAGGAAAAACAUUCGCAAGACUAAAGGUGGCAUCAAGAUUGAAGUUAUGCAUGAGGAGAGCCAGGGAGGUUCGAGCCACGUUCUGGUGAGCAGCGAGACAGAGGAGAGCCUGUCCAGCAGGCGACGACACAUCAUGAAUGAGCUGAUUGAGACGGAGAGACUCUAUGUGGAGGAGCUCCAAAGUAUAAUUGAGGGCUAUGCUGCAGCACUGGAUAAUUCAGAAAUGACGCAUCUAAUACCACCUGUGUUGGAAAACAAGAAGGAUGUGCUCUUUGGCAAUCUCGCCGACAUCUACGACUUUCAUAACAGGACAUUUCUCAAAGAGCUGGAAAAUUGUGUGGAGAAGCCAGAGUUAGUGGGAACAUGCUUCUUGAAACGAAAAGAAGAGUUGCAGAUCUAUGAGAAAUACUGCCAAAAUAAACCUCGGUCUGAGGCUCUCUGGAGGCAGUGUGGGGACAGUCUGUUCUUUCAGGAAUGCCAAAAACGGUUGGACCACAAACUCUCGUUAGAUGCGUACCUGCUGAAACCUGUUCAGAGAAUCACCAAGUACCAGUUACUGCUGAAGGAGAUGCUGAAAUGCAGCAAGAACUCCGAGGGUACAGCGGAACUAGAGGAAGCUCUGGCCACCAUGUUGGAUAUUAUAAAAUCUGUCAAUGAUUCAAUGCACCAAAUUGCCAUCACUGGCUUCGAGGGUAAUUUGAAUGAUCUGGGUAAACUGCUAAUGCAAGGCUCUUUCAACGUGUGGACAGACCAUAAAAAAGGUCACAAUAAAGUGAAGGACUUGGCUCGCUUUAAGCCCAUGCAGAGACAUCUCUUCUUGUACAAUAAGAUGAUCCUGUUCUGCAAGAAGCGUGAGGAGAACUCGGAUGGCCAUGAGAAAUCACCGUCCUACAGUUUCAAACAUUCUCUGAAGAUGAGUGCUGUAGGAAUCACAGAGAAUGUGAAAGGAGACGCCAAGAAAUUUGAAAUCUGGUACAAUGGAAGAGAGGAAGUCUACAUCAUUCAGGCCUCCUCCAUGGACGUGAAGAACACGUGGGUGUCCGAGAUCAGGAAAGUACUGACAGGCCAACUGGAGGCGUGCAAAGAGGCGAGUCAGCUGCAUCAAAGAAUCACCGAAAACAUUUACCAUGCUCCCAUGAGAACCGUCCGCAAAGUAGCCCUGAGGCAGUCCGACUCCUCCAGCCCUGAGACAGGCUACAAGCGCAGUGACAGCGGCCCUAACAUGAGGCAGAAACGAGCUGGUGCAAUGUCCAACAUUAGCUCAGACCCAUCCUCAGCUCUGGCUAGAAAGCGCUUCACCUUACAUGGCCUCUCCAAUCGCAGGUCCCUUCCAGCAGAGCCGACGCCUAAGGAGGCUGAAGUCCCUCGCCGCUUCUCUUUAGCUUCCUCCCUCAGCGCUUCCUCUACAACACGCACAAAAGGUCCUCUUUCUGCCACGGUUAAAAGCAAGCGUCAUCAGAUUAAGAGCGACCCCACGCCGCUGGGUUAUGAAGAUACUUUGCGAGACGCUCUUCCUGCUGACAGGAAAACUAAAGGUACAACAGGUAGCAAGCCCACUGUGCCUAGGUCCACCUCUCAACCAGGCUGGACCCAGCGCCGUUUACCCUCGAUGGACCCUGAAGACUUUGAGACCAUCCCAUCCAGUGCUGAAGAGCUCUCCAAUUCCUCAGACGGAGAGGAGGACGGCAGCAACAAAAACGGGGAACACAAGCGCUUCCAGGUGCAGCUAACGUACGAGUCACGAGCGCCGCAGGAGAUGUCGCUGGAGCCUGGAGAUUUAGUACAGUUCCUAGAAGAGGUUGAGAAUGGCCACUGGCUAGUCAAGAACCUAAAUACUCUGAAGACAGGGCUGGUUCCACCCUGUAUCCUGCAGUCUACAGCAGGAAGAGUGGACAUUUACAAUAACACUGACAUCUUCAGUGACCUGUGUACGGCGGCCCUCACAGACACAGAGGAAACAGAGGAGAGCGCUGGACUGUUAGCAGUCCAGGAGAACAGAUUUGCAUGUUGAACAUGUCUUUUUUUUAUAAACUCUUCUGGUUAUAGUGCCAUACGUCCAUGAACCAUGCAGGAGAACUCCCUGCUAAACCUUUGCGUUACUGUAAAGUGAAGACAAUCUGUUGCUGCUAUUCCCAUGUGUGCCAUGUUGAAGAAAGCACUGGAGCUUGGAUUUUUUAUUUGUUGACCUUUGGACUUUAAACGUUGCUGAUGCAAAGCAUGGAAUGAGGUCAGUCAGCCGUCACAGGCAGCUGUGAUCCAGCUGUUCUUGAGCAGCUGAUGAACACUUGACAUUUUUCUAAAAGGAGAACUGGAAUCCAGUGUGUUUGGAAGCAGUGUUUCAAGCGAUGUCGGAUCACACACUGCUCGUUUUAAGAAACUGGCUCCAUCAUGUCGGGACGCUGAGCGAGAGAGACAAAGACUCCUAAAUUGUCCUGUCCUGCUGAAAUUACCACUCUGAAUUCUCUUAUAGCUUGGAUGACUUUUUGUUUAUCGAGGACGUUCAGAUGGAAUGGAAGUCAUCUCAGCCAAAUUACCUUUUUUUUUUGAUCUGUUGGUCAAAAAUGCAGCAAUUUAGAGUAGAAAUAACAAAUCUAUUAUGUGUAUGUGUAUUAUAGAGUUUUUUGAACUCUUUUGUAUUUUGCCGUCUUAUUUGUUCUGUAAUUGCUCUUUAAAUAUUCAUUUCCGGGUCCACGGAUGUCUCUCCAGGGGACGGUUAGACUCAGAGCAAUUUUAUCAGUCGUUUGAUAUUUUAUUGUAGCACAAAGGUUCCAACUGUACUGUAAGAACAAAUAGUAUUGAUAUAUAUAUGAACUUAAUACUUUUUAUUAUUAUUAUUAUUAUUAUUAUUAUUAUUAUUAUUAUUAUUAUUCAGACAAAUUUAGUUUCUUGUCAAGACAUCAAAUCAGUCCACAGUGUAGCUAAUGUGGCCUUGCUUCAAGCAGCAGAACAUUUCGGAGAACACGACGAUGGCUUGCUGCUGAAAGUGAGAUGGUCUCACAGCAAAGAAAUUCUUAUAAUAAGAAAGAUUGUUCCAUGGUGACAUGCCCGUUGAAUGUAAAACAAAAUCUAUUAAAUCAUGUCUUAUUGAUUUUUUUUAAAAAGUGGAGGCUUUAAACAUUUUCCAAGACUGGUCACACGGCUGUAUAUAUCCUAAUCCCGUUUAGAUGGUGGUGAUGAUGAUGAUGAUGAUGAUGAUGAUGAUGAUGAUGAUGAUGAUGAUGAUGAUUCUAAGCACAAAAAUUCAAUGUAGGAAUGACGAGUUUAUUGAUGAUGUUUAUAAUACACUGUUAUUUAUUAAGAGAAGCUGAUGCUUUUAACCGGUCAGUGUAUUACAGUCAACAUUUUCAAACAUACCAUUAAAUACGUACAAAAUAAAUACUGCAGUUAUGACAUUUCCUUUUUAUUAAUUAUGAAGGGAAUCUUUGUCCCUGACCUUCUUGACCAGCUUAACCCUUAUAUUCUGCUCAGGUUAAAAUAACCCAUGUCACUUUUCCUUUUUUCUUUUUCUUCUUCUUCUUCUUUUACUAAAAAUGCAGCAGCUACAAUAAUAAAGUUCUUAGGCUUCGCAAAAGAUAAUCAUAUUUAGAAAGAAAGAAAGAAAGAAAGAAAGAAAGAAAG